AUGCCAUCUCAUGUAAUUCAUUCAUCCUCCCUAAUACUUGUAAUAGUUUAAAGCAUUAGAUACGACUCAAGAGAGCAGCUCUUAGCACAUAUUGGAAAUUAACUUGAGGAAUUAGACUUCGCUAACCUCUCAGAGAUCAAGCUUAGCGGAAACUCCUAUGGAAGAGAUGCUUGUGACUAUAUUGCCUCUGUUCUUCAAAGAGACACUCCCAAUUUGACCAAAGUUGAUUUCAAUGACUUAUUCGUCGGUAGAAAACUUGAUGAGCUCCCAGGGUCACUUGAAGUUUUAGUCCGCUCACUAAUGAACAAAAAGAUUGAGUAUUUGGACUUAAGCAAUAAUGCUUUCGGGCCUGCAGGUAUCAAAUCAUUUGACUUUCUACUGAGAGAAAUGUCAUCACUCAAGGUUCUCAAGGUCACAAACUGUGGACUCGGACCUGAAGGUGGUGAGAUGAUAGCAAAUGCAUUGAAAGAAAACAAAGACCUACGUCUGGUUCAAUUUUCAGCUGGUAGAGAUAGACUUGAGAACAAAGGUAUCACAGCCCUAGCAGGAGUGUUCAAGGAAAUGAAGAGUUUAGAAGUUAUUGAAGUACCUCAGAAUGGAAUUAAAAAGGAUGGUAUGCUAGCUCUUCUGGAUGCUCUUAAAGAAAAUGCUCAAACUCUCAGAGAAGUCUACCUUCAUGACAACUGGGUCAAAGGUCAAGCUGCUGAUAAACUAGCUGAGCUUAUCUAUAGAACAAGAGGACUAGAGAAAUUGAAUAUUUCAGAUUCUGACAUGGGAACUGAAGCUGCUUACCUAGUCAUUAGAGCACUUCACGAUUCACCUUCCGUUAAAUCUUCUCUGAUAGAAUUCUACUGCAACUUCAAUGAGAUCACUUCUGGAUCAAUAAAUAAAGAGGUCCUUGAAAUGCUACUAAAGGAAUUUGCAAACUUAAAGCAUGUUGAAUACAGAGGAAACACUCUAGGCAAGAAAGUAAAGCACGAUUUUGUAGGCAAAUACUCAGAAGAGGGUAAAAAGGUAGUCCUUUUCGAAGAGGAAGAAGAAGAGGAAGACGAGGAAGAGGAGGAGUAUGAUGAUGAAGAGCCUGAAUUCCAAGCUGAAGAUAUCACCCAAAAACUAGAAAGUCUCAAACUAUGA